AUGUCUCCCAUUCCAACUCUCCCACUCAACGACAAGCGUGCUAUCCCCGCCAUCGCUUUUGGCACGGGGUCUGCUCUGUUUGGGAAAGAUGCUACUGCUUACGUUGUGCAGGCUAUUGAGGGGGGGUUUAACCAUGUUGAUACGGCGCAAGUGUAUCAAAAUGAGGAGAGCGUUGGAGAGGCCCUUAAGCAAGCUUUUGGAGAAGCUGAACUGGUUGGAAAAGACAAGGUUGAUAUCGAGAAACAGAAGCUUGGGAAGCUCGUUCGAGACGAUAUCUGGGUCACGACAAAGUAUGGCGGACAUAUUGAUGCCGAGGAGGCUCUCGACAUUAGUCUCAAGAAGGCGAGCAUUCCCCAUCCACUAAAUAGACGAUAG